CUACCACACCAAAGCGCCACGCUGCUCGCCCCCGGCCGCACCGGCGAACUGACCGGCCGCGAUGGAGCCCACUUCGUCGCCGGCGCAGGGUUGGGCGCCGCUAACCGCAGAUGACUGCAUCCUGCCAAAGAAGAGGAAGACUUGUUGCAGUGUCCAGCAACCUGCGCAGAAUAAUGACAGGAUCAGCGCACUACCAGAUGACAUUUUGAUAAAAGUUCUUUCGCUAAUGACAGUAAUGGAGGCUGCAGUGACUGCCUGUCUGUCCACCAGAUGGAGACACCUCUGGGGAAACGUCGACCAUCUCAUCCUUGACAAGCAUACUUUUAAGAUGCAAGUGCCAGAAAAUUCAAAUAAUAACGAAAAUCCUGAUUUAUGGAAUCAAGAAGCUACAAAGUUUGUGAGUAAAGUAAAUGAAGUUUUGCACCAUCAUAAUGGUAAUGGAAUCAAAAAAAUUGAAGUCAAAUUCCCAUUAUCCUCAUCACAUUCCGCGGACCUAGAUCACUGGGUUGAAUUUGCAGCGACAUCUGGUUCAAAAACACUCAACCUUAUCCUUUCUGGCUAUCAUGGCAUGGGGGCCACACGGCAUGCAGAGAAAUACAGCUUCCCUUUGAAGCAUUUUGUUGACUUGGGAGGUUGCCGUUUGCACCAAUUGCAUCUAUCCAUGUGCAGUUUAGAAAUAGUAUCUGCAAAACUCAGUGGCUUUUGUUAUCUGGAUUCCCUUUCACUUCACCGUGUAUCGGUGGUUGAUUCAGUUGUUCUGAAUAUUAUGUCUAGCUGCUGUGCUCUCCGCCGCUUUGGCCUGCAACGAUGCCAUCGGUUGAUUAAUAUGAGAUUCGCUCAUGCGAAAUUGGUGGAUCUGGUAGUACUUGGUUGUAAGGGCUUAAUCAGUAUUAGCAUUCAUGCUGAAAAGUUGAAGUAUUUCUCAUACAAGGGUCAUAAGGUAGAUAUUGAGUAUGAAUGCACACCAGUUCUUCACAAACUUCGUGCUUUCUUUGUGAAGAAUAAUGAAUGUCCUUUAGACUUCUUGGGUCAUCUCCCUAAUCUCACAGCACUGACCUUGCAGUUUCCCACAUGUUUACAGGUAUCUCGUGUACUGCAACACAGUAAAAGAUUUGCUGGUUUGAAGAACAUCGUGCUGUGUCUCUUGACAUCUUGGAAAACAAGCAUCCGUUCGGUGGCUUACCUCCUUAAAGAUGCUCCCCUAGUUGAAACACUUGUUCUUCAGGUUUAUGGAAAUCUGCAGCCGCAGAGUAAGCUGAAAAUUAUAUGGCCCAAGAAAUGUAUACUUGGAAGGCUCCACGCUAUUAGGAUCAGAGGGUUUAGCGGGGAACCAGAAUUGAUGCGACUCUUGUCCUUUCUGUUAAAGAGGUCGCCUUGGCUGAAGAAACUGGAUAUUGACACACAUCCACACAAGUACAGUGGAUUCAACAAAUGGAAGAGGAAGAAGUCUGAAGAUGCCACGAGGUGCUAUUAUGCGAGAGGGGUGGCUUUGACACACUUGCCCCUUGAGAUUCCAUCUACCGUGACACUUAGAGUUAGAUGACUUGCGCGAUUACAGACAAGAAUGCCAAUGCCGCUGGCAAGUUGUGGUCAGAAAAUAUUUUGCUAUGACUUGGGUACUGGGCAGCAAUGCAGGUGCAAGUGCAAAGCAGUAAAUUGGAAUGCCGUGGCAGGUUGUGCUUGUGCCGGUGGUUUGCUUUUCUUUUGUGAUGACGUUAGUUUAAUUUGGAGUGGACUUUGCUGCUCAAAUAUUUGUAAAUGGUGAAACUAAUGUGAAAAACAGUUUCCAUUAGCUAUCUAUAACUGAUUAAUAGCUAAUAUGCAUUCCGAACGUCUAUUUGUAAUGAAGGGAUAUCUGA